AUGACGACUACAGGCUCUUUGCACCUUCCGUUUGGAGAGCUGCAGGGCUACGCCCCCGGCGGCAUUCCUGCCUACAGCAACAAACAUGACAUGUACUUUUCCGGGGAGCGCAGCGUUGAUAAAAACCUUUUCUGUGGAUAUAAGUAUCAGUGCGUGGAGUUUGCGCGGCGCUGGUUGUUUGAACGCAAGUCCCUCGUUCUGCCCGAAGUCAGCUGGGCUGUGCACAUUUUUCAGCUGAAGGAGGUUCCCGACGCCCGCACGGCGCAGCCUGUGCGUUGCGUGCCGGUGCGCAACGGCACCAAGGUGAAGCCGGUGGCCGACGCUCUUCUUAUUUACCCCUCCGAAGAAGGCAGCCCUGUGGGCCACGUCGCGGUGAUCACUGAGGUUGGGGACGACUGGGUUCGCAUCGCGGACCAAAACCACCGCUUUCACAAGUGGGAGGGCAAUUACGCGGCGCAGCUGCCGCUAAGCCACGAGAAGGGCGUCUGGACGAUUUUGGACCACAUCGAAGACGGCGUGCUGAACCCGCUCGGGUGGGUGACGUUCCCUGACACCCCCGACCGCGACCCAAGCCUGCCGUUGGUGUUGCAUGAGUCGCUGCGCUUUAAGCCACCGGAGAAGCCCUCGCUGCGCCGUGUGACGUUUACGCCGACUUCCCACAAGGAGAAUUGGCUGGAUCUCACAAAUGAGGCAGAGGCGUGCUUUGCCAAGACCUUUGGUCUGAACGUGAAGCGGAGCGGGGAGUCCACGGCAAGUUAUUAUCAAAUGAACACGGAGCUUUCCAUGACAUGCAUACGUUACGGCAAUCAGAUGCAUCAAAUGUUUUUGGAGGCCACCGAAUUUGUCAUCGCAAGUGACGCACAACUAAAGCUGUUCGGUAUCCCAGAGGAGUAUUGGCCGCGCAUUCGCCAUUCCUGGAAGACACAGCCCCACGCUAUCACGGGACGUUUUGACUUUGCCUUUGAUGAAGAGACACAGCAAUUUAAGUGCUUUGAGUACAACGCCGACAGUGCAUCAACGCUGCUGGAGUGUGGUGACAUUCAGGAGAAGUGGGCGCAGUCGGUUGGUCUCGACGAUGGCACAACGCAAAGCUCAGGGAUUUUCGUUUCCUCGCGACUGAGGAUGGCGUGGGAGAUGGCAGGAGUGAAAGGCCGUGUCCACUUCCUUGUCGACGACGACUUGGAGGAGCAGUACACUGCCUUGUACGUUUUGGAGCAGGCCCGCGCGGUCGGCCUAGACACAAAACUAUGCGUCCUUUUUGAUGAAUUUCAUUUUGACGAGAACGGCGUCGUUGUGGACACCGACGGUGUCGCCGUCACAGCUGUCUGGAAGACGUGGAUGUGGGAGACCGCAAUUGCGGAUCAGCGCGAGGCGCGGUUGCAGCGUGGGCAGGGCUGGCAGCCGACCCCGCAGGACAAGGUCCGCCUCUCCGACAUCAUUCUUGGGCCGAACUGGGACCUGCGCGUGUUUGAGCCGAUGUGGAAGCUCAUCCCAAGCAACAAGGCUAUUCUGCCCAUCAUUUACAACAACCACCCGGACCACCCCGCCGUGCUGCGGGCCAGCUAUGAGCUGACGGACGAGCUGCGGCGCACCGGCUACGCGAGGAAGCCUAUAGUUGGCCGCGUGGGCCGUAACGUGACCAUCACGGAGCCCUCGGGCGCGGUGGCCGCGGAGUCGGGUGGCAACUUCUCCGACCGCGAGGUGGUCUACCAGGAGCUCUUCCGCCUGCCGAAGAGGGACGACUACUACGCCAUCCUCGGCGGCUGGGUGAUCGGCGACGUCUACUGCGGCACGGCGGUGCGUGAGGACAAGACGAUCAUCACGGGCCUCUUAUCACCGGUGAGCGCGCUGCGCGUGUACAUUGGCACCCCGCGACUCACUUUGACCCACGAGGAUCUCGACAGGGCAGAAGAGGCCGCCGCUGCUUCUGCGUGA